AAUUAAAAUUAGGCAAAUAACCAAAUAAGGCAAGUUGUCAAACUAAUCGUAACAUGUCGUAACAAAGUCCAACUCAAACUCGAACACAUCCCACUCCCCAAGAAUAUACACCAGGAAAACACAUUUUAAGCGGCUAAAAGAGGCAAAAAAAGCUACACUUAAUUUACAUUUCUUUUCUCUGUAUUAAAUACUUUAGAGCAAGGCAAAACUGCGCCAGGCAGGAAACGUGUGACUCCGAAACAGACAGGGAGACAGCCUCAAAAAUGAGUCGUUUACUGCUUACAUUGGCUGUUCUUGUGUCAGUAGCUGCCCCAGCUUUUGCUUUAAAAUGCUAUGUCUGCGCGGGUACUGAAAACACGUGUAAGAAGAGCAAGUUGGAAGAAAGCAAAGGCAUCUUUUUACAUACGUGUAUUCUCGGCGAUAAAUGCAUCAGAUCUUGGUCUAAAAGCAAAGAUGACGAUGCUGUGGUUGCAAGUGGAUGUGCGUACCAAUCGGUCUGUGACGCCCAAAAGUCCGCUUGUGAUAAAUUGAAAGAUACUCUGAAGGACUACCAUUGCGCGGUUGGCUGCUGUUCUGAAGACGGAUGUAACGCAAGCUCAUAUUUCACUUCCAACAUCAUCCUGUUGGCCGUUUGCUUUGUCCUGGGCUUAGCACUGCUGAAGUAAGCCGUGAAAGGCUGUACAAGUCUACUUUUCAUUUCCGUUGGCGUGGUCAC